CUGAACUUAACUCUCACUCCUAUAAUGAGCUACAGAUCUUGCUUCAAAAUAAAAUCUCCUGUUAGGCCUUUCUCCACUUCAGGCUCUCCAGCACCAACCACCCCCUCCGGCAAGUGGGAUCCAAAGAGACUAAGCACAUUGUGACAUCUCUUUUAAAAGACCAGAAAAGGAUAUCUGACACAUCUGGUCAACUUCUGAACUGCCAGGGAACACUAUACACUAGUGAUGUGCGGGUCGAGAAAUCCCAACCUGCACCUGGCCCACCGUUUCCCCUCUAUUUAUAGACCCGUACCUGCCCCCAAAGUGAUGUCAUGAAAGGGGCAGGGCGGGCACGAGUCUAUAAAUUUAGGGGCCGGAAGCCAGCAGUUCUAAAUUGCGGGCCGGGAGAGCAGAAGAGCUAAACCUGGACCCGCCCUCGAUCUAAAGAUUCUGUGCAGGAGCCGGGCCGCACGUCACUACUAUACACCUACAAUGGUCUACAAAGGGAAACAACUCCCCCUCUCAACUCUGAAACAUGUCCAGCCCUUGCCUGGCUUUAACUUAAAGAGACUGCCAAAAGUAAUGGUGACAAUUUCUGAAAACAUGGAAGGAAGACCUCCCAAUAUGGGUGCCUGGAAUAAUAAAGGACAAGUUUAUAAUGUAACCAUAACAAAUAUCAAUGAAGAUUCUCUAACCAGCUACUCCAAAACCUCUGAUGUAUGUUUUAGCUCCUGUGCUACAACACAUCUAGUUUAUCAAGAUUAUACAUUAACAGAGUACAUCAACACCGAAGGGUCAGUUUUGUCUGUAGCUUUCACUUUCAGUGCAGAUGGGGAAACCUAUACGCUGUGUUCUGCAGGGAAUGGAAGUCUUGAAUUUAUGAAAGGGCCUCUACCUAAAACAAUUGAAGGUACAAAGUGUCCCUUUAUAUUUUACAAGGAGGUUUUUACGGCUGGUGAUGAUUCAUAUUCACUUCAGUGUGCCGAUGGUCUUGGACAAUACUUAUCCUACGAUGAUAGUAAUCUAGCUAUCUUAAAGGAUGCAGCUGAUGUCACUACUGAUGAAACCUGUAAGAUGACCAUUUCACAGAUCUGAAACACAUAGCUAAAGGGGUAGUUCACUUUCAAGUUAACUUGUAGUUUGUUAUAGAAUGGCCUAUUCUUAGCAGAUACUGUAGCUGCUGAAAUUCCAAGCUGGCAAGCUGCUGAACAAAAUGCUUAAUAAUUCAAAAAACCAAAGUAUGUAAUUUAAGUUGCUCAUGUGCAGUUACCCAUAACAACCAAUAAGAUGUAUGCUUUAAAACAGAAGACCAUCAAAUUCUAUCUGCUGAUAAGUUUCUGUAGUAGGUUACUGCACUUAGGCAAACGUAGGUAAGAAUGAACUAUUCCUUUAAGAUGGUAAACCAAAAAUGUGAUACUGUCCCAUAAACAUUUCCUUAGUAUUAAAGUUGUGAUAUCAAAAAUGUAACAUUUAAAUAAUAUAAUGUAACAUUUAAAUAAUAAUGGUGUAUUUUAAAUAAAAUGAUCUAACAUGUAUGAUGUAAAAUAAUUGUUAUUGCAUGUGUACUGCCUCUAUUGACACUGUGUGCAAUAUUGCCUCUAUUGCAGGCAUGACACAAUGGGGCAAAUUCACUAACCUGCGGAGUUGUGCUAGCGCAGGCUUCGCCACACUUCGCCGCAC